AUGUCGGACGCUCAGGUCGAAAACAGGCUCAAUGACUUUAUGCAAAAGGCUAUGCCUUCAGUUGGUGAGGAGGUCACGGAAUAUCUGAGCAGUAAGUUGAUAUUCUUUUAGUUUGUUGGAGCUUUAGGGAAUUAACGGCUAGAUAAGUAUUUGAUGUGAGAUCAGCUUCAAAUUUUGGGAGAAGUAAAAGGAUACAGUGAUACAGCUAUGUGCCAAAAAUGAGGUUUUAGAAUUAAUAUAUUGCUGAGAAAAUCAACAUUAAGUUAGCGAUCUGUUACCUUAAAGAUAACCAGCUGAAGCUUUCGUUUUUUGAUCUAAAAUUUAAGUUAUACCCUUUAACUAGUUAAAACAAUGUUUUUUAGAGUUGUUAGUUGAAAAUGCGGCGGAAAUCACGACUGCUGAUGAGGUGUUUGAGCAAGUUUCCGAUAGUUUGAUGUCGUGGCAACCAGAUACCAAAGAAGACGAUGUUCGAGAGCUUUGCGAGAAGUUUUUGAUCAUUCUACACAAUGGGUAAAGUUUAAAACUUUAGUUUUUAUAUUAUUGUUUUUAGAAAGAAAGUAGAGAAGCAAGUGCGCGAGUUCGGAGCCAAAAAGCUGGAUCGAACAGUUGAUAUCAGUGAGACGACGUCUAAGCUUCAUAACAUUGAUAGUAUCUGGAAUAUUCAAGCUAAAGAUGUGCCGACUAUGGUGAGAAAGCCUUCGUAAAACAUUUUGCUAACUUUACGUAUCAAAAGUCUUCCAAAAAAUUAUGUUUUUUGACUAGAAGUAAAUAAUUCAGCUCCUAUCUACAACAAUGUAAUUUUUAGCAAGUUGAUCGCAAAAAACUGGCUAAAGCUAAUCAAAAGGCGGCCGAAAAGCAGGCCAAACGUGGCGAUGAGGAAGUUGUGAAGCCGUCGGUGAAGAAACAGCGUGGUGUUCAAGUGGCAACCGCUUCCCAGUCCAUGAACAGACGUGGAAUGAAGGAAGAUGGGUCUGGUGGAACAAAAGACAUUCAUCUUGAAGGUGUUGAUGUUUCUAUUGGAACUAAGUUAGUUUUUGUGUUGUUUUCCAUUAUUUUGGUUUAAAUUUGAGUUUUUUGAUGUUUUAUAUUGUUUUUAUGAUUCUUUUUUGCUUUUUAUAUUGUUUUAGGUUAAAAUUAGUGUUUUUAGCUCUAUUUAAUGUUUCAUUGUAAGUUUGUUGAUGUCUUUUUUGUUUUUCAGAGUAUUAUUGAGUGCAGCUGAAGUGAUAUUGGUAUUCGGUCACAAGUAUGGUUUGGUCGGUCGAAACGGUAUUGGUAAGACCACCUUGUUGAAGAUGAUCUCUGGGUAAGAUUUUAAAUUUAUUUUUUUUUAUUGUUUUAGGGUCGAUUCCGAAGACUUUUUGAUCAGUUACUAUCUAAAAAUAUACUACUUAAAAUGAUAAAAGAAUUACAGUUAUGAAGAUUUACGGUAUUAUUUUAGAGGUCAAUUGAUCAUUCCGAACAAUAUCAGCUUUUUGAGUGUGGAACAAGAAGUGGAAGGUGAUGAUACGACGGUUAUUGACAGUGUCUUAUCUUCCGACAAGAAACGGGUUGCUGUUUUGGCUGAGGAAGCCGAUAUUCAACGGCAGAUUAAUGAGUAUGUUAAUAUUGAUUAGAAAUGGCAAGAACUUUCUUUACAGAGCCGAAAAAUGGCAAACACUUUCUUUACAAAAUAAAAAAUGGCAAGAACUUUCCUUACAAAGCAAAAAAUGGCAAGAACUUUCUUUACAAAAAAAAUUUUAGUCCAUCAACAUCCGAUGACCAACGUGCUGAACUAACAGCCCGCUUAACCGACGUCUACGCCGAAAUGGAAGCGUUGGGCGUGGAAAAAGCACCAGCCAGAGCGGCCACCAUCCUCUACGGUCUCGGUUUCAAACCAGAUGAGCAACGAAAACCGACCAAAGAGUUUUCUGGAGGUUGGAGAAUGCGUGUAGCUUUGGCCCGAGCCCUGUUCAUGAAACCAGAUUUGUUGUUACUUGAUGAACCUACUAACAUGUUGGACAUGAGAGCUGUUUAUUGGCUGGAGAAUCAUUUGCAGGUAGGGAUUUGGAAAGAAUUUUGUUUACAAGGCCGCAAGAGGCAGGGUCUUUUAUUCAUCGUAUAACUUGUCACCCGCUGGCUGCGUAGAUAGUUUAUCGUAUAACUUGUCAUCCGCAGGCUGCGUAACCUCAAAUUUUGGCUGGUUUGGAUUAAAAUGGCAAGAAUUUUGUUUACAAUAUGAAAAAUUGAAAGAAGUUUCUUUACAGAACAAAAAACGGCAAGGACUUUCUUUACAACUCAAAAGCUGGCAAGAACUUUGUUUAAAAAAAGCAUAAAAUGGCAAGAACUUCCUUUACAAAACAAAAAAUGGCAAGAGCUUUCUGUACAAACCUUAAAAUUAAAAACUUACUGUAACUUUUCCUAGGAAUGGGAAUCGACCAUCGUAAUCGUCUCUCACGACCGUAAAUUCUUGAACGCAAUCUCUACGGAUAUUAUUCACCAUCAUUCUCAUCGUCUGGACCAAUACAAGGGCAAUUAUGACAUUUUCGAAAAGACCAUGAAGGAAAAACUGACCCUACAACAACGAGAGUACGAAGCUCAACAACAGCUGAGGUCUCACGUUCAGGAAUUCAUCGAUAAAUUCAGAUACAAUGCCAAAAGAGCCUCGAUGGUACAGAGUCGAAUCAAAAUGUUGGAGAAAAUGUGGGUUUUUGGUACUGGAGUGGUACUGUUUAAGCGUAUUUGGUACUAGAAUGGUACUAUUUGGGGUUUUUCGGUACUAGAAUAGUAAUUUUAAAAAUCUUUUUGUGAUUGAAAUGAUACUAAGGCUCUUUUUUUGAUUUUUUGACUGUUUUAGGUAAACAAAAUUAUUUGUACUAUAUAGCACGAUACUCAAAAAAAAUCAAAGUAGAAGGAAAAUAUUAAUUUUAAAGUACUGUUGAAACUCUUUUUUUAAAGGUUAAAAAAAAUUUUUUUUUGUGUAUUUGCUAUAUAGCACGAUACUGAAAAAAAACUAUUUUUUUGCGUCAAUUUGAAAAAUUUUUAUCUGGCUUAAAGUUGGCUUUAUUUCCACAUUUUUAGGCCAGUCUUACAACCGGUUAUCAUGGAAGCAGAUGUCACCUUCGCCUUCCCCAAGUGCGAGCCUCUGGGCAAUCCUGUCCUGCAACUGGACGAGGUUUCUUUCCAAUACACGAAGGAAGCACGACUCAUUUUCCAAAAUAUUUGCGUGGGAUCACAGUCGGACUCAAGAAUUUGUAUUGUAAGUUUAAUUUUGUUUUUUUUUGGUUUGGUACUAUAUAACACGAUACUAAAAAUUGAGUUUUUUGAAAUAGUAUUAAUAAAAUAUGGUUUGUAUUGAUAAACUUUAGUUUUUUAGGCGUCAAAAUUGUUUUUUAUGAGUACGUGCUAUAUAGCACGAUAUUGAAAACUAUGUUUUUUUCAAAAAUUUUGUUUUUUAUGGAACUUUAGCUAUUACUAUAACUAUAUUAAACGUGUAAAAACGUGUUUUUUUUGAGUACGUACUAUAUAGCACGAUACAUAAAAAAUAUUAUUUUUGCACUUUAUUAUCUAUAAUAUGGCAUUUUUUGUACUUUGUUACCUAAAACAUGACAUUUUAUAGGUGGGAGAAAACGGAGCCGGUAAAACAACCCUCCUCAAAAUCUUACUCGGCGACUUGGACCCAUCAUCCGGUACCAGACAUGUGAACCGUCGUAUCAACAUUGGUUACUUUACUCAACAUCACGUCGAUCAACUCGAAAUGGACUGUUGUGCCCUCGAACUGUGUGCUCAAAAGUUCCCAGGACAAACUCAAGAGGAAUAUCGAGCAGCGAUGGGCCGCUUCGGCCUGUCUGGCGACAUUGUGUUCCAGUCGAUUGAAACCCUGUCUGGAGGUCAAAAGUCAAGAUUGGCUUUCGCUAUGUUGGGACUUCAGAAGUAAGGCUUAGGAGGUGGUUUGGGGGUUAUUUUGGGGUAGUUUGGGUUAAAGCUGACGGUUUGUUAUGAAAUACGGAUCGAAAAAGGGCUUAAGGACCUUGUAGAUUAUGAUUUUGGGUCGUUUUUUUGGAGUUUCUAUGGACUUUUUGACCGAAAUUUAAAAAAUUAGGCUUUAAAAUGACGUUUUAAAUUUUUUUUAAAUGUGAAAAAAUAAAAAAAAUUUUUUUUUGAGACUUUUGAAUAAAAUGUAUAAAAAUCGAUUUUUCAGGCCAAACUACCUGAUUCUUGAUGAACCUACUAACCAUUUGGACGUGGAAACGGUCGAUGCUUUGGGUGUGGCUUUGAACGAGUUCAAUGUAAGUUUUUAGUAUUAAGAAAUUGAUUGGCAGUACUAUUAGGUUGUUCAAAUAAUUUUGUGCUCUAUCUCAAAGCAAUUUUUUUGGGUUCGGGGCAGAGAAUUAUUUGAACAAAGGUAUUAAAAAAAUUUUUUUGGUUUUUUAUUUGGCCCUGGAGGGUGGAUCCAUUCCUAUUCACCCGUUCUCCUCCCCUUCCUCACCCCUAGCUAAGUCCCUGAUCACAUCAUAUGUAAUAGGUUUUAAAAUCAAAACGUUUACCUAACUUAUAUCAUCAUAUUGUCACUUCAGGGCGGUGUUGUGUUAGUAUCCCACGACGAGCGUCUCAUCGACUUGGUUUGCAAGGAAUUGUGGGUCGUCAAGGAUCGUACGGUAACCAGACUCGAUGGCGGUCUAGAAGAGUACAAGAAACACGUAUAUCGUCAACUGGCUAUCCCAAUGUAA